CUAACAGUGUAGCCUAGUUCAAAUUUAGGUGAGGCCAAGCAGAAAACUAGGCUAUCAAAAGAUGUAGUUAUGUAUAUAUCAGGCUAUUUCUGUCAAUAGCCAACCUUGGUUAUGUAUUCGUAGCAACAAGUAAAUCCUUUUCAGUUGUGGUCAGUCUUGGACACCAAAAUUGGUAUUGCAUAAAGUAGUUACAUUCUAAACUUAAGUAAAUAACUUAAGCUGAUAUGUGAAGUAUGUAGUUCUCAAGUUCAACUCCCCUGUCUUAGUGCAGAAAUGGUUUCAGUAACUCAAUGCAGCAUUUAUUUAAUUUGCCUAAGAGUGAACAGUAUAAAUUAUUGAAAAUGUUCUAAACAAUGAGAAUAUUAAAGGGGCCAUAUGUAUGUUUUUUCCCUACUGUACUACUAACAUAAAUGACCAGAAGACCUCUGCGUUUAAUGUUUCAAAACGUUUUUUGUCUAUCAAUUUGUUCUGAGUGCCUGAGAUUCCCCAUUUAAACUUGAAUCUGUGUUUGUGUUGACCUGUAGCCUCCUCAUACUUGCUCUAGACACUCCGUUAAUCCCCCAGCCUAAACUAGCUAAAACGAUUUCAGUCUCAGACAUGUCGUGUCAUUGUUUAAAAUUCAGUGUUGUAAACGUAAGAUGUAGGAUUCCACAGAUUGCACCUUUAGGUAGACUGCUGCCUUCACAUCUCUCCGGUGGCGGUUACCGCCUGUGCUGAACGUUACGAGACCCUUCUUUUUACAUUCUGUUUGGUUGCAUGUCUUUCUCAAGGCAAUUAUAUUGUAUUUGUUUUGUUAAGCUUUGAGAUCAUCUCUCAAGGACCAGCACUGGAGAAUUAUAAACUGCCAUUUGGGUCUUUGGGUGUCUAUUUGGCAUGUCAGAAGCUUUUAAUUCAACAUGUCAAAUGACAGUCGUUGGUUUAGAUUAACAAAAUGACCAGAAACGGUAGACAUUCAGUUUUCUGAGCAAUAAUUGUAAUUUUUCAUUAAAAUAAACUUUAUAGACCGAUGACAAACUGAACAAGCUAGCUGUUCAGUCUAGCCAAACUAAAAUUGUCAAGCAGUUCAUCUACUCCUGCGUUGCUUGAACUCACAUGGUCCACGAUGAAUCAGUAUAAAAAGUUUUUCAUACAUUAGGGGUAUUGACAUUGGUUUUCAGGGAGAACAUUGUUUGAAUGCAUCAGCAAUUUUUUUCCCCCAAACCACCAGUCCCAGAGCUUUAGGAAUGGAGACCGGGUCUGCCUGUCCAUACAGCGGCAAAUGUGCUGAGAAAUCUGUACACACAAAGUUGAUGUUUUACAUGCAUUUUAUGUUAUAGCUUGGUCAGUGUAGUACAUGGUUUACGAUCUACAGAUUAGUAUUUUUAUAAAGACAUCUCCAGUUUAAAAUGCUAAGAUUAGACUGGGUAUCUAUGUAGUAAACAUCCAAUACAAACGUGCUCUUUCGCAAGUUGGUAUGCUUUCAUUUAUCUUAAUUGGCUAUUGCACAGAUGGAGGUCUAUAAAAACAUGUUUUAAUCAUGAGUCUGACAGAGGGUUUGUAAUUAUAUUAACUGCCACCCAGAGCUACGGUGCUUCUGAAAUAAACAUUUUCUCUCCUCAAACAUUGAAAGUCAGCCAUGUUUUAUGUUCUUUGCGUAUGAUAAAUUUUUACAAUUCCUUUCAUAUAUGUCUAACCACCUUGACUCAUGAAAAAGAUUCUGAUCACAUAGCUCUUGUGAAAUCGUUAUCAAAUAUGCAACCUGAACACAUCUUCAUAGUGCAAACACAUCUUCAUAGCUGUCCAUAACUUAAGACCCCCAGGGGUCUAUCUGUGCACUUGUCUGUUGAACAAACCUGUUUUGAAGCAACUGCAAAGCGUAGCAAAUGGGAAUUUUUGUGUAUGUACUAUUCAUAUAUAUCCUUUUUUCUUCUCCUAUAACUUCGGUUAUGAUUGGUAUUUCACAUCAAUCUGAGACCCAUGGCCAAUGCGCAUGCUCUGACUGACGGUCAACUACACAGUGUAAUCACUGACUUGGUCAGAUACCAGACUGUGGAUAAUUGGGUUCGGAUAUAUGUGAGUACCUCUGGUCCAAGGAACUCGCUGUAGACCUGAGACAUUUCUGAAGCAAAGAUAUGGAGAGGUUUGGAACCAACAAUACUCCUAGAGCUGGCUGUCCGGCCAACUAAGUAACUGUGCAAGAAGGAACUUAUUCAGAGAGGUGACCAAGAAGCCAGUGGCCACAUAGCUUCAGAAUGUCCCUGCAGUGACCGGAGAACCUGCCGUAAGGACAACCACCUCUGCAGCACUCCAUCAGUCCGGGCUAGUGGCUAGACUGAUGCAACUUUGAGUAAAAGGUGUAUGACAUGUCGCCUGAAGUCAAAUUGGGAAAAAAAUAAUCUGGUCUGAUAUGACAAAUCAAACUGCUAGGUCUGAAUGCCAAGCACUAUGUCAGGUGAAAACAUAGAACCGCUCAUCACCUGUCUAAUGACAUCCCAACAGUGAAGCAUGGUGGUGGGAGCAUCAUGGGGAUGAUCCAGAGUGCACAGGACCUCAGACUGGGGUGAAGAUUCAACAACCAGAAACACACAGCCAAAGGAAGAGUCUGGGAGUGGUCCAUCCAAAGGUUGGAGUUGAACUCCAUUGAACAUCUGUGGGGAGACCUGAAGAUGUUCCCCUUUCAAUCUAACCGAGCUUGAGAAGAUCUACAAGGAAGAAUGAGAGAAACUGUCCAAAUCCAGGUAUGCAAGCGCAUGGAUGUGAUUUGUCAGCGCAUGCUGAACCAAGGCUUUCUCAAGGUGGAGCGCUACCACAGCCUGUGCCAGAGGCAGGUCAAAGCCCAGCUGCCAAGGCGAGAGUCAGAACGGCGGAACCACUCACUGGCCCGUCACGCUGACAUCCUGGCUGCCGUGGAAACGCGCCUCUCCCUACUCAACAUGACCUUCAUGAAAUAUGUGGACUCUAAUCUCUGCUGCUUUAUCCCUGGCAAGGUGAUUGAUGAGAUCUACCGUGUGCUGCGCUAUGUGAACUCGACACGUGCUCCCCAGCGGGCCCACGAGGUGCUGCAGGAGCUGCGGGACAUCUCUUCCAUGGCCAUGGAGUACUUUGACGAGAAGAUUGUCCCCAUCCUGAAGAAGAGGCUUCCAGGGGCCGACUUGUCAGGACGUCUGAUCGGAUCUGCCCCAGUGGCUGGGCCCUCGACCUCCUUGACCACCAUGUCUCUGCUGGCCAAGAACACGCCGUCACGCUCCGAGAUGACCAAGGUGCAGCAGCAGGUGAAGGUGAAUGGAGCGUCCAUGACGGUGCUGCGGCGGGAGAUGCAGGAGGUGCGCGUCAAGCAGCUGGAGCAGCAGAAGCAGCUGCAGGACCAGGAGCAGAAGCUCCUGGAGCAGACGCAGGUGAUCGGGGAGCAGAAUGCCCGGCUGGCUGAGCUGGAGCACAAGCUCCGGGAACUGAUGGACAGUGCAGUUGGGGGAGGGGCCAGGCCUGCCUCCACCUCUUCAGCGUCUUCUUCCCCGAAUGGCUCCACUGUCGCCGUGACGACUUCAGCUGCUGUCGCCACAGCAACCGGUUCCAUGGCCGCCGCAGGGGUUGAGCCGGUCAGCCCACCCCUCAAACGCACCAGGAAGAGCUCAGACCACCCGCGCCAAUCCAAACGGCUGCGCAGCAAGAAAUAGGGGGAUGCUCAAUGUUUUGUUUUUAGUAUUUUUCUUUUUUGAUUUUUUAUUUUUUUUUGAUUGCAACUCCCACCAUGUCCUGUCCUGUGACAUGAUUUAUAUUCUCAUUGUUUGAAAUGUGUGUAGGAGAGAGGGGUCAUGGUAAAGGAGUCAGGAGUCGCUGUGUUUCCCUGGCAUUCUAUCCCCUUGUCAUCUCCGUCUUAAAUUAAUACUGAAGCUACACCAUGGACAUGACUUUGUUCUGAUAAGGCCAGCAUAUUGGGCAAGGGCUGGUAGUCUACAUAGUUAAACUACUGACUCUAGCCAAGAAUUUGCACGUUAGUUGACAAGGCAAGGGUUAGGUUGAAAAGUCUAAAACUCUCAAUCUUGGGCUUUUACUCUCUCGUUCAUCAACAGAACUAAAUCCCUGGUAGUGUGCCAGCUCCUAUUCAGGAGAGCCUUGUUUUUGCAGUGAAGGAAAGAAGUAAUGACAGCUUUCUAAUAUGCAUUGCUUAACCACUGAAGAAGAGUAUUUUGGGUGGGAGAAAAACAUGUGUAUAUAACAUUGGCUAGAUGAGACCACUCAGGGAAAAAGGAUGUUUAAAUUCUGCCUCUGAAUCAAUUUUGUCCUUACUGACGCAAAUAACUUUUAGGUUCAGAGAAGAUCAGUCAUUUUCUAAUUGUUUUCAUUAUGUUUUUUGGCCAGGUGAGAUUCUUUGAGAAUAUAAUUGAUACAUUUUUCAUGUUAUCUUAUUUUCUGAGACAGGCUAAAUUUAUUUAAUUUUUUAAUUGAUUUCUUCUUUGGAGGAUAUAACAUUACUUGCCCUUCCCAGCUAAAAUGUAGUCCAGUAAAGUGUUAAGCUUAUUUUUAGAUUUAUUUUUAUAAGUGAACCCUCUUCGGUCUUAAACAGAAAUAAUUAGGUUUAUUUUAGCCUGUUCUUAUUCACCAUAAGAAAAGGGGAGAUUUUCCUGUUAUAAUGAACAGUGUUUAACAAGCAUCAGUCUAAGGCACAGAUGUCAAACCUGUUCCGCUGAGUGUCUGCAGGUUUGCACUCUUACCUUGUACUUGAUUGAUGAAUUUGGUCAUUUGUCGGUCAGGAGCUCCCCUCACCUGGUUGUCUUGGUCUUCAUUAAGCACCAAUUGAAAGGAAAAAGACAAAACAUCAUAGACUAGGCCCUUUGCGGUAUCUGUUUUGACACCUGUGGCUAAUGGCACACUGUUGAUUUGAAUGUUACACAUGAAGAUACUGUCUUUGGGCAGAUAUGGGUGAAAACAGAAAGGCAGACUAAUGUGGAGAUUAACAGAAGAAACGUCUUCUUAUAGCUAUGGUGCCUGGGAAAUGUAAAAUGACUUAUUGUAUAAUAGGCAAAAGACUGAUGUUGGAUUGUCAAAUCUGUAAUUUCCAAAAAGAUUAUCAGAAACCAUUUUGCUCCAUUUACGUUUUAGAGAUGUCAGUCAUUGAUCAAAUCUCAAAUGGCUGAAUUUAUGCUAGCUAAAGUACAAGCCCCAUGUUUACACACAGGCCUGUGUAGAAGUGGGUUCAUAUGCUGGUAUCAUGUUUUUCCUGUCUUGGGGAAGAUGAUUCAAAAGCUUUAUGUAAAAAAGAUCUAAACCGCCUCUGUAUUGAUUGACCAGACAGGAGAUUUUUCUUUAAGGUCAAUGUAAAAUUUGCCAAUUAGGAAAUGUCUCCACUCCAGUGUGUCUAGUUAUUUAGUCAAUUGUGCUGUCGUCAACUAGACCUUCUUCUGUCCAUUAAACUUAUUAUGCUCCAUGUAACAUCAAGAUUAAUCUGUUGAAGAAAUAUUCAGAUUUGCCAAAUGACUGCAGUGCAACUAUGGUAGCGGUUUAUCGAUGAUAAGCCUAGAUUCUGACUAACUGUUAUAAAAGCACUAAUGUCUUGCACAACAGCUCCCUUCCAAUUUCAAGAUCUCUGGGCACAGCUCUUUUGCCCUGUGAGGUUAGCUUGCGAGCCCAUAUUGAGGCUGGAAAUGUAACCACUUGUGGCAUGAAACCAUCGGGGGAAACGCAGUUCAACUUAAUGGACUCAAUUAAGUUGUAUUAGAAACGCACUGGGCAGGAAACUAUGUUAUCUAGUGGCUUAAUUUGAGACUGCGUCUCAGUUUGGAAAUGAGUGUACUGUAAACCUCAUGUACUUCAAAGUCUAGAUGUGGAUUAUGUUAUGUAUAAGAAAAAUCUUGUAAGUUAGCCUAUCUGGAGCUAACUGUAUGGUUUGUUGCACACAUCAUGGUUAAAAAUGUACAAAUGCAUUAAAAGUUAACAUCCAGAUUUGA